AUGCUUAAUAGAAAUAUGUACGAAGAUCUUGAGAAAAUCCAGCCUAUACAACCCAUGUCAACAAGCUCUUACUUGGAUGCUUCAGAAAGAACAGAAGCUGAACCUCGAAAAAACAGGUUUUUGACAGCAGUCGACAGAGUAACCAGCCAAUUCAAACUAGAAACUAGAGGUGUUCAAAGAGUCGAAGACGAUGAAAGAACUGAUACCUCCCUUUGGUCUGCUGCUUCCAUGUGGGUCGCAGCCAAUUUGGUUAUUUCAACCUUUGCCCUUGGUGCUCUAGGUAUAACUCUCUUUCAGCUCGGUUUUUAUCAAUGUGUAGUAGUUAUCAUCUUCUUCACCUUUCUAGGUGCAAUUCCUUUUGCUUUUUGUUCCAUUUUCGGCUCCAAAUUCGGUUUGAGACAAAUGAUCUUAUCCUCCUUCUUUGUUGGAAGCUUUGGCAUGAGAAUUUUUGCUGCUAUCAAUUGUGUCUCUGCUGUUGGUUGGGGUGCUAUCAAUAUUAUGACUGCUGCUCAAUUGUUACAUAUCGUUAACAAUGGGGCCUUGCCUCCCUGGGUUGCUUGUAUCAUCAUUGUUCUUAUCACUAUCAUUGUCACUUUUUUCGGUUACAGGGUUAUCCAUUUCUUUGAAAUGUACGCCUGGAUUCCCUCGUUUAUUGUCUUUAUCAUUGUUAUUGCAAGAAUGGCAAGAUCUGGAAACUUCACUGAAGGAGAAUGGGCUACUGGUAAAACUGGUGCUGGUAACGUUCUUUCCUUUGGUGGAACUGUCUUUGGUUUCGCCGCCGGUUGGACCACUUAUGCUGCUGAUUAUACCACAUACAUGUCUGUUAGAACUAACCCAUACAAAAUAUUCUUUGCUGUUCUUGCUGGCCUAACCUUUCCUUUAAUCUUCACGAUGAUCUUGGGUGCUGCCUGUGCCACUGGAACCUUGAUCGACGAGGAUUGGGCUGAAAUGUACAACAACAACUCCAUCGGUGGUCUUCUUUAUUCAGUCUUAGUAGUCAAAUCUUUACAUGGCUUUGGCCAAUUCUGUUGUGUCCUAUUAGCUCUAUCAACAGUUUCCAACAAUAUUCCCUCGAUGUACUCCAUCGCGAUGUGUCUUCAAGCCGUCUGGUCCAAAUUCAGAAUUGUUCCCAGAAUUGCCUGGACCAUUUUUGGUAACUUCUUAACUUUGGCUAUUUGUAUUCCUGCCUAUUAUAAAUUCUCUGAUGUUAUGCAUAAUUUCAUGAACUGUAUUGGCUACUAUACUGCCAUUUAUAUUUCAAUGUUGCUAUCUGAACACUUCAUCUACAGAAGAGGCUUUUCUGGUUACAAUCCCGAUGAUUACCUUGAUAAAUCAAAAUUGCCAAUUGGUAUUGCUGGUACUUCGGGCUUUAUUUCAGGUGUCGUUGGUGCUGUUCUUGGAAUGAACCAAACUUGGUAUAUGGGUGUCGUUUCUAGACAAAUUGGUGAUUAUGGUGGUGAUCCUAUUAGAUCCUGUUCAAAUGCUAAAAACCUACUACAUUUAUUCAGUGCUUUAAACCAAAUUAAUUCGUAG